AUGGUGACUACUGUUAGGGCUGUAGUGUCGGUGGUGGGACUGCUGUCGAUACUCGUUUGCUGCUCCCGACUGUAUCUGCGCAAGUUUGUCCUUCGCUCCUUCGGACUGGAUGAUUACCUGGUCAUCGUUGCCCUUAUCCUGGUAAUAGGCUUCGCAGUCCUAUCCAUUAUCAUCACAUUCUACGGCAUCGGACAGCACCAGGAUACCGUUGCGCCGGAAGACUUUCCUACUAUGCAAAAGAUCGUCUACGCCUCACUAUGCACAUACCUAUUCGUCGCCACAGCAGUGAAACUGAGCCUGACCGUUUUUAUCAUGCGAAUAUUUCCCCAGCGAUACGUCCAGCACAUUGGCAUGGGGAUCAUUGCGUUCCUCGCCGUGUUCACCAUCUCGGGCGAGUUCGCGCUCAUAUUCCAGUGCACUCCCAUCCAGGCAGCCUACGAUAAAAGCAUGGAGCAUUAUAAGUGUUUUUCGCAAGACACACUCUUCGGGAUUAAUAUGUAUCAGGGCGUGCUCAUGUUCCUGGUCGACGUUGUGAUUAUUAUCCUUCCCAUGCCGAGUAUCUGGCAGCUGCAGAUGCCUACUCGGAAGCGGAUUCUGAUUGUGUCGAUGUUUUGUCCUGGAGGCCUGGCAUGCAUCGCAGCCCUAAUUCGACUCCCGACGCUGGUCUACCAAAAGGAUCCCUCGGAUUACACCUACAAAGCAGCUAAAUCUCUAAUCUGGAUGAACGUCGAAUUCAACAUCGGCCUCAUCAUCGGCUCCAUACCAACACUAUACCGACUCAUCCAACAAGCCUCGAGAUUCCUCAUAUCCGGCAGCUGGAGUCGGAGUAGGACUAAAGGAGACGAGAAAUCCACUGAGCGCCGGGCACAGGAGUACCCGCUCGACAAGAGAGCACACUGGACGCAGCAGUCGUGGCAGGUGAUGCGGCAUGAUCAUAUCACUGUUCAGAUUGAGGAUAAUGGGAGCCAGGAGACGAUACUUUCUGGGGGGAAGAGGGGGGUGGAUUAG